AUGGACUACCACUCAUCAAUCGCCGACGACGAGCACCCGGCUGGUGCCUCGCCCUGGGGCUCUUCGCCUCCGGCCUCGCCGCGCCGCAACCAGUCCAGCUACAGCUCGCUGGGGAAUGAGCCGGCGUAUCAGUAUGGAUCCCAGGAUACGAGCAAUGGGUUGGGACACGACGACCUAACGGGCAAUGCCUUCAGGCGGCCCGGCACCGCGAGCACCGAUGCGUCAGCCCCCGACUUUAACCCGUCGCAACAGUCGGAGACGUCGCAACAGUCCGGCUUCGGGGGCCCCUUGGACCCAUCCCAGCAGGCGCCUCCCCAACAGCACGCCGAACCCCAGCCAGGCCAAGCUCAAGGUCAAGGACAGCCUCCAGCAGCUGGUGCGCCGGCCGCAGGACAGGAACAGCAGGCCAGGAGACCGACGCAACCCCAGUGGAAGCUACAAGCCAAGAUUACCGGCCUAGAACGCACUGGCCGGAAGGACCCUAUUCUACGAUUUGACGUCCACACAAAUAUACCGAGAUUCCGAACCACCCAGUUCCGAGAUGUUCGCCGCAUGCACUCCGAAUUUGUCAAACUCGCAGAUCACUUGAUAUCGGCAAACCCGGAUGCGCUGGUGCCCGCCGUGCCGCCAGCCGUGACGUCUGCCGGCGCCGGAACGGACGAGGACGAGAACAGGGUCAAAGCGCUGAUGCAGCGUUGGUUCAACUAUGUCUGCAGCAACUACGUCCUCAUGAACGACGAGGAGAUGGUGCUCUUUGUCGAGAGCGAUUUCGGCUACAGUCCUAUGUACAAGAUGAAGCAGCCGGCAACCGGUGUGCGAAGGAAGGUCCUCAAACAGUUCGCUCCACCGCCAGACGACACCCCGGAGCUCUCAGAUGCCCGCCCCAUAGUCAAGUUGUUUUAUCUCGGCUCAAUGGACGCGGGCCACAAGGUAGACAAGCUGGUCAAGGCUCGCAGAGGUCUUGGCCUCGCAGAGUCUGACUUCGGCGUCAAAUUGGGCGGCAUGAGUGUCCAAGAACCCCACCCGGGCCUGGCAGGUGCCUACCGAAAGCUUGGAAAGGUUGUCCAGACUGUCGGUGACUGUCACGCAGCACAGGCUACUGCUGAGGCGACGACCAUCGGUGACCCGUUUCAGUACCAUUCGCAGGACGCAUUCAUCGUCAAGGAGACCCUGACUAACAGACAGCUUCUUAUCCGCGAGUUCUUGCAGGCACAAGAGUCGACCCGCAGCAGACUGAACGCCGCGGAUCGUCUCAAGGCCAGCUCCAACGUGCGGCGCGACAAGGUUGAUGAGGCGAUCACGGCCCUGGAUGAUGCCAGAAACAACGAGCUGGAGCUGAUGAAGAAGACGCAGCGCGUGACGCAGAAUCUUGUUCACGAGCGUCGCAAAUGGUUUGCGAGAACAGCCGCAGACCUGCGUUUGAGCGUCCGCGAGUUCGUGUUGCGCGAGAUUGAUGCUGAACGCCGCACCCUGGCGCUUCUCGAGAGCGUGCGUCCCGAUAUCAGGGCCAUCGAUGCCUCAGGCGGUCUGAGCAGACUGGGACGUGAGGCGCACCCGACAACGCGGCGUACUAGCGUGGCUCAGAGCCAGGGACCAAAAGGAGACGCUUGGAGCGGUGUGCCCCGGCGCACCGACAACCUGAACAGGAGCAUCUCGGAGAGCAUCAUGGGCAAUGUGGCCGAGGAGGACAAUGGCGAGGAGGCGGGCAACGCUGCUGGGUCUGCAGGCGGUAGGGGCCUGACUGGACUGCCUGAGGAGGAUGACGAGGACCGAGUGGAUGCCCGGAACGCCGCGAGCCGAUUGGCGACCAGCACGUUCUAA